GAAAAAAGAAGAAGUGGUAAAUGAUGUGAAUGUUAUGUAUAAAUAGUAGCAUAAGUUUUAGUUUGUAAUGCAUUCCAUUCUAAAUCUAAACACCUUUCAUAUUGCUUAGAGUUUGCAUUUCUCUAUGGCCAAGGCAUUGGUGUUUAGUUUUUUUAUUGUUUUAUUAGCAUUUACAAUUAUAUCUUCUUCAUUACCUACUAAUGCUCUCUUGGGUUGUUUUCAACGAUGUCAAAGACGAGAAGAUUGCAUUACCCAACUCGUUUGUUUAAAUGGCAUCUGUCUUGAUAGUCCUUUAAGUAUCACCAAAACUUGUUUAGUAAUAAGGAGUCCUCCACCACCACCACCACGUCCAAAAACACCUCCGCCAAUUUCACAUCCACCUUUGAGGGCGUCUCCACCACCGCCACCAUCACGUCCAAAUACACCUCCGCCAGUCUCACUUCCACCUUUGAGGGCACCUCCACCACCGUCACUGUCACCACCAUCACCACCACCACCACCACGUCCAAACACACCUCCACCAGUCUCACUUCCACCUUUGAGGACGCCUCCACCACCAUCACCAUCACCACCACCACCACGUCCAAACAUACCUCCGCCAGUCUCACUUCCACCUUUGAGGGUGCCUCCACCACCAUCACCACCACCACCACCACCACGUCCAAACACACCUCCGCCAGUCUCACUUCCACCUUUGAGGACGCCUCCACCACUAUCACCACCGCCACCACCACGUCCAAACACACCUCCACCAGUCUCACUUCCACCUUUGAGUGCGCCUCCACCACCACCACCACGCUCAAACACACCUCCGCCAGUCUCACUUCCACCUUUGAGGGCACCUUCACCACCUCCAAUUCCCCCACCUUCAAUGAACCAACCUUUACCUCCACCUCUGUCACCUCCAAUGAACCAACCAUCACUUCCACCUUUCUCACCUCCAACGAACCAACCUUUACCUCCACCUCUGUCACCUCCAGUGAACCAACCGUCUCCUCCACCUAAUUCAAUAACACCUUCACCUUUCUCACCUCCAAUGAACCAACCUUCACCUCUACCUCUGCCACCUUCGAUAAACCAACCGUCACCUCCACCUUUCUCACCUCCAAUGAACCAACCUUCACCUCCACCCUUGCCACCACCAAUGAACCAACCUUCACCUCCACCUUUCUCACCACCAAUGAACGAACUAUCACCUCCACCCCUAUCACCUCCAAUGAACCAACCUACACCUCCACCUUUCUUACCUCCAAUGAACCAACCUUCACCUCCACCUUUCUCACCACCAAUGAACGAACCAUCACCUCCACCCCUGUCACCUCCAAUGAAACAACCUUCAUCUCCACCAUUCUCACCACCAAUGAAUGAACCAUCACCUCCAAUGAACCAACCUUCACCUCCACCUUUUUCACCACCAAUGAACGAACCAUCACAUCCACCCCUGUCACCUCCAAUGAACCAACCUUCACCUCCACCUUACUCACCACCAAUGAACGAACCAUCACCUCAACCUUUCUCAUCUCCAAUGGACCAACCUUUACCUCCACCUUUCUCACCUCCAAUAGACCAACCUUCACCUCCAUCUUUCUCACCACCAAAGAACGAACCAUCACCUCCACCCUUGUCACCUCCAAUGAACCAACCUUCACCUCCACCUCCACCUUCAGCUCUAUCACCAAGGAGGACACCACCCCCACCGCCUCCGCCUUCAGCUCCAUCACCAAGGAGGACACCACCCCCACCGCCUCCACCUUCAGCUCCAUCACCAAGAAGGACACCACCACCACCACCGCCGCCUCCACCUUCAGCUCCAUCACCAAUGAAGACACCACCGCCGCCACCACCUUCAGCUCCAUCACCAAGAAGGACACCACCACCACCACCACCACCUCCACCUUCAGCUCCAUCACCAAGGAGGACACCACCACCACCGCCUCCACCUUCAACUCCAUCACCAAGGAGGACACCACCACCUCCACCACCAAGGACACAUUAACUAAGGUUCAUUAAAAGAAAAGUUGUUAUGUAUUCAAGAUCGUUAGUAAAAAUCCAUAAAUAUGUCAAAAAUGGCUAAAAAUCUAUUUUGACUAAAAAUAAGGAUAUUCUAGUAAUGAAGUUAAGUUGGCAACAAUCUAUUAUGUAACCCUCUACCAAAUAAUAAUAAAUACAUUUUAUGAAUGCAAGUUUGAUAUAA